GCCCCAUCAUUGGUGUCAGUGGGAGGAAUAGUGCCCCAUCAUUUGUGUCAGUGGGAAGAAUCGUGCCCCCUCAUUGGUGUCAGUGGGAAGAAACGUGCCCCAUCAUUGGUGUCAGUGGGAGGAAUAGUGCCCCAUCAUUGUGUCAGUGGGAAGAAACGUGCCCCAUCAUUGGUGUCGGGAGGAAUAGUGCCCCAUCAUUGGUGUCAGUGGGAAGAAUCAUGCCCCAUCAUUGGUGUCAGUGGGAGGAAUAGUGCCCCAUCAUUGGUGUCAGUGGGAGGAAUAGUGUCCCAUCAUUGGUGUCAGUGGGAGGAAUAGUGUCCCAUCAUUGGUGUCAGUGGGAAGAAUAGUGCCCCAUCUGUGGUGUCAGUGAGAGGAAUAG